UUUUUGUAUAAUAGGACAAGACUGACAUUGGGUUAGUGGGAUUGAAGGACAAUGUUAGUACAGGGGCUGCUGGAUUUCAGAAGUCAGGAAAACGUCGGUGACUCUCGCUCCCGUGCGGAAUGACUGACGGACCAUGUCUGAUAUUUUCGUUCAGCCACAAUGGUGCGCAUGAACGUCCUGGCUGAUGCUCUGAAGAGUAUCAACAAUGCCGAAAAGAGAGGCAAACGCCAGGUUCUCAUUAGGCCGUGCUCCAAAGUCAUCGUCCGGUUUCUGACUGUGAUGAUGAAGCAUGGUUACAUUGGCGAAUUUGAAAUUAUUGAUGACCACAGAGCUGGGAAAAUAGUUGUGAACCUCACAGGCAGGUUGAACAAGUGUGGAGUAAUCAGCCCCAGAUUUGAUGUGCAACUCAAAGAUCUAGAAAAAUGGCAGAACAACUUGCUUCCGUCCCGUCAGUUUGGUUUCAUUGUACUGACAACCUCAGCGGGCAUCAUGGACCAUGAAGAAGCAAGACGAAAACACACAGGAGGGAAAAUCCUGGGAUUCUUUUUCUAGGGAUGUAAUACAUAUGUGGAAAUAAAAUGCCUCAAAGGACUCUGGUGCUUCA